AUGAUCCUGGCCACCAUCAUCGCCAACUGCAUUGUUCUGGCCCUGGAGCAGCACCUUCCUGAUGGGGACAAGACUCCCAUGUCUGAACGCCUGGAUGACACGGAGCCUUAUUUCAUCGGGAUCUUUUGCUUCGAGGCGGGGAUCAAGAUCAUCGCACUGGGCUUCGUUUUCCACAAGGGCUCCUACCUUCGAAAUGGCUGGAAUGUCAUGGACUUCGUGGUGGUCCUCACGGGGAUUCUCGCCACAGCUGGAACAGACUUUGACCUCCGGACCCUGAGGGCUGUGCGUGUGCUUAGACCCUUGAAGCUGGUGUCUGGAAUUCCAAGUUUGCAGGUGGUGCUCAAAUCCAUCAUGAAGGCCAUGGUCCCGCUGCUGCAGAUCGGGCUGCUGCUCUUCUUUGCCAUCCUCAUGUUCGCCAUCAUCGGACUCGAGUUCUACAUGGGCAAGUUCCAUAAAGCCUGCUUCCCCAACAGCACAGAUGCAGAGCCUGUGGGUGAUUUUCCCUGUGGCAAGGAGGCCCCAGCUCGGCUGUGUGAGGGUGACACUGAAUGCCGGGAGUACUGGCCAGGACCCAACUUUGGCAUCACCAACUUCGACAACAUCCUGUUCGCCAUCUUGACAGUGUUCCAGUGUAUCACCAUGGAGGGCUGGACUGACAUCCUCUACAAUACAAAUGAUGCAGCUGGCAACACCUGGAACUGGCUGUACUUCAUCCCUCUCAUCAUCAUUGGCUCCUUCUUUAUGCUCAACCUAGUGCUGGGUGUGCUCUCAGGAGAGUUCGCCAAGGAGCGGGAGCGAGUAGAGAACCGUCGUGCCUUCCUGAAGCUCCGUAGGCAGCAGCAGAUUGAGCGAGAACUGAAUGGGUACUUGGAGUGGAUCUUCAAGGCGGAGGAAGUCAUGUUGGCCGAGGAGGACAAGAAUGCUGAAGAGAAGUCCCCCUUGGAUGUGUUGAAGAGGGCUGCCACCAAGAAGAGCCGGAACGACCUGAUCCAUGCGGAGGAAGGGGAGGACCGGUUUGUGGACCUCUGUGCUGUUGGGUCUCCCUUUGCUCGUGCCAGCCUCAAGAGUGGGAAGACGGAGAGCUCAUCAUACUUCCGGAGGAAGGAGAAGAUGUUCCGGUUCUUCAUCCGGCGUAUGGUGAAAGCACAGAGCUUCUACUGGGUGGUACUGUGCGUGGUGGCCCUGAACACAUUGUGCGUGGCCAUGGUGCACUAUAAUCAGCCUCAGCGGCUUACCACUGCACUGUACUUUGCAGAGUUUGUUUUCCUGGGUCUCUUUCUCACAGAGAUGUCCCUGAAGAUGUAUGGCCUAGGGCCCAGGAGCUACUUUAGGUCUUCCUUCAACUGCUUUGACUUUGGGGUGAUUGUGGGGAGUAUCUUUGAAGUAGUCUGGGCUGCCAUCAAACCAGGAACCUCCUUUGGAAUCAGUGUGCUGCGGGCUCUCCGAUUGCUGAGGAUUUUCAAAGUCACAAAGUAUGUCAUCUCUGUGCUCCCUGUGGGGGAAUGGACAGAGGCCACAUGUGAGGCUGGAUGGGGAUGGAUGGUAUCUGGAAGCUUAUGCUGUGGCUUACUGCCUUAAAUACAACACUGGUUGUGAGACAACACACACAGGGACUAUCAUGGCAAGAGCCUUUGGACCUUUGGGCAUCUGUAGGGUUGUCCCCACUGCCCACAGUGCUACGGUCAUUUUCCUGGUUCUCCUGGUCAUUUGUCAUGAUUCUAUACCAUCUCCUCUUAAAGCUACCAGUUUUACCUUCCAGGCCUUCAAUUUUUUUAAAGAAUACAACUAGAGGUCAUCAUAUUAAGUGAGGAGAGUAAGUUGGAGUCAGAAAGACACAUAUUGUAUGUUUUCUCUCAUUUAUGGGUCCUACACAGACAACAUCAAAACAGAGAGAGACAAGGCUGUCUGGAGGAAGGAAGGACAGGAG